AUGGUGAUGGACCCUGCUGGCGGGCGAGACGAGCUGCGGCGUCAGGCAGAGCGUCUUCGACGGGAGGAGGCGUACUAUCACUUCAUCAACGAGCUGAGCGAGGAAGAGUACCGCCUCAUGAGAGACAGCAACCUGCUGGGCACACCUGGUGAGAGGAACCUAGAACACCUGACCUCACUAGAACCCCUAACGCAGGGUUGCAUAGCGCCAAUCCCCCAGGGCAGCGAUGUGUGCUGGUUUUCCUCAUUGUUUUUAAAUCACAGGCUAAUUCGUACUAGGACAACCACGUGCCUGGUCCCCCUAGCCCAGGGAUGGGCAACUCCAGUCCUUGGGGGUCCUGAUUGGUCUCACUUUGUCAUGCACCCCUUCCCCAACCCAACCCAAUAGACUGAGCCCCGCUAAUGCACCCUAAUAAAGGCCUACCCUCACACACACACGCACAUUAAUGUGUAACAAUAUCACAUUUUAUAUAUGGCUUCAUGUUGGCCACUAAGGGCUGAAAUGAACCUGAACCCUCGACAAUCAAGCAUAUAACCCUCCAUCAUACACCCUCCAUAUUGACCUAACAAAGGACAUGUUGUUCCCCAGGUGAAGUGACAGCGGAGGAGCUGCGGCAGCGCCUGGACGGGGCAAAGGAGCGCGUGUCAUCUCAGCCCCGCCCUGAACCACACCCACAGAACACUGAGGCCGGAGAGGAGGAGGGGAGCAGCGGUGAGGGGGAGGAGAGCGAGGGAGGGGCAGGUAGGGAUAAAGAGCUAUAGCGGUGGUAGUGGUUUUAUGGGCUUAUAGGGGUUACGGUGGGAAAUUAAUGCUAAAGCUAUGUAUAACCUAAACUUCACAGAUUGUUAUGGGUCUCAAAAGGUUCCUGGCCUAAUUGCUGCUGUAUACUCACUCAGUUCAGUUUAUUUAUUAUUGAUCAAAGUACUGAAGUAUUACUAGAUAAUUACAACUGACUCAGUUCAGUAACGAGCCGCUGUCUCUAUAGCUACUGCUGAGCCGGGAGCAGAGGACGUCUAACGGCGACUCACUGCUGGAGUGGCUGAACACCUUCCGACGCACCGGGAACGCCACGCGCAGCGGCCAGAGCGGCAACCAGACGUGGCGCGCGGUCAGCCGCACCAACCCCAACAGCGGAGAGUUCCGCUUCAGCUUGGAGAUCAACAUCAACCAUGAGCAGCCAGAGCCAGGGGAGCACAGUGAUGCCCCCGACCCCUCAGAGCUGUCCCCUGUCCCCCCUCCAUCCACAGCCUCCUCAGCCUCCAUACGCACUGCCCCCUACACCCCCUCCACUCGCCCCUCACCCUACACCCCUGCCCGGCCCUCCCCCUAUCCCUCACCUCGAGCUACCCUGGGCAGGAGGGCUCAGAUCCGCCGUACACGCAGUAGUACCACCAUACCUCCUCUGACUCCCGCACCCCUCACCACACCCCUGUUCCCCCCUACUGCUCUAAGGGGUACAGCAGCCCUCCACCUUCCACCACCCCUAGUCCCCAUCACCCCCCCUACCCUUCAGGAUCAAAUAAGCCCUCCACAGCUCCAACCCCCAAGCGGGUCUUCCUCCCCAGGGGAGGGGCAGGAGGAGGACUGCCCCCGUGUACCGCCCCAGUCUGGCCCCCAGGUGGCGUCUGUGGGGCGUGAGCCGCGCAGCAGCAGGACUCGAUCCCGCGGCCGGAUCCGCAGGCCUGCAGCAGGAGGUGGGACUUCCUCCCGGUCGUCUAGGAGACGUAGCCGCUCCCCUCUUCAGAGAAACCCCACCCCUAACUCGGCUACCUUGUCCCCUAGUGGUGGGAGUGAAAAUGGUGUCUCUAAUAAUGGCCACUCUGCCGAGCCCGGCCAUGGAACUGCUUCUGUCUCCAUGGAGACCGGUGAGGCCGUGUCAGAGCCGGCUGUACUAACAGAGCCUGGCCCAGAGGCAGGUGAGCAGGAGGGAGAGGCGCAUAUGGCCGGGUCGGGGGGUGCAGGAGGGGUGCGGCGCCACCCCACCAUCAUGCUGGAUCUGCAGGUGCGGCGCAUCCGACCGGGAGAGAACCGGGACCGGGACAGCAUCGCCAGCCGUACCCGUUCCCGCGCCCGCGCCGCCGAGAACACUGUCACCUUUGAGAGCGACAGUGGGGGCUUCCGGCGCACCAUCUCCCGCUCGGAGCGGGCCGGGAUCCGGACCUACGUCAGCACCAUCCGGAUCCCUCUGAGGAGGAUCAGUGAGACGGGCCUGGGGGAACCCAGCUCCACUGCCCUGCGCUCCAUCCUCAGACAAAUCAUGACUGGCUUCGGAGAGCUCAGCUCCCUCAUGGAGACAGAGGCUGACUCUGAGACCACCGAGGGCACGCCCGGUCACCAGGACCCUGCAGGACCCAAUGCUAACACCAACACCACACAGACCUACCGUAGCCACGGUAACGAGAGUGGAACUGUGGCGGGAGGCCAGGCAGGAGGGGCAGAGACGGAGAGAGAGGGGGCGGCAGGGGCCGAGGAGGUAGAAGGAGGGCAGGGGAGGUUAGGCGGGAGUGGCGACGGUGUAGUCCCAACCCCCGACGAUGGUCGGCCGAUGAGCAGGGACACAAACAACCUGGUAGAGAACGGCACGCUGCCCAUCCUGCGGCUGGCCCACUUCUUCCUGCUCAACGACGAGGAGGACGAGGAACACUCUCGCGGCCUGACCAAAGAGCAGAUCGACAUACUGGCCACGCGCACCUACGGCCAGGCCAGCCUGGAGGGGGAGGCGGGGCGCGCCUGCAGCGUCUGUAUCAACGAGUACGCCCAAGGGAACAAGCUGCGCCGCCUGCCCUGCGCCCACGAGUUCCACAUUCACUGCAUCGACCGCUGGCUCUCUGAAAACAACACCUGCCCCAUCUGCAGGCAGCCCAUCCUCCCCGUGCACCAGGACUGA